AUGUUCAAGUCUACUUUGAUCUCUCUCGCGAUGCUGGCGAUUGCGCCUCUCGCCUUGGCCGAUAAUUGCACCGGCGGAUUGAGCUACUGCGGUAGCAGCCUGCUCAAAAAGGGAAGAUAUACCGAUCAAAUCAACCAGGCGCUCCUCGUCGCCGGCCAGCCUGACGAUUAUAACCACGUCCAUAACUCCAUCUUUUACUGCCUUGGUGGAUCAAGUGGUGCCAUCCAGUAUACGACAUACUGCUCUGGCUCAUGCCAGGACAAUGGACAGGGCAGGAGUGAUACCUGCGCUUAA